AUGGCUAUCACGCCGACACAAUUCGCCAAAAAGACGACGCAAUCGGCCAACUGGUCGGAUGCGAAGCGUCGAGUUCUCUCCUCCUACCGCGAAUGGAUCCGAGCUGCGCCAGAGAUCCAGACCAUGUACAACAUGCCCUUGCCCAUCUCCGCCAUCAGAACCCGCGUCCGUCAGGAGUUUGAGCGAAACCGAUUCGCGGCGAAGCUUCCGGUUGUCGAUGUCCUGCUGUUCAAGUCCCAUGCCGAGUACCAGGAAAUGAUGAACUUCUGGAAGCAGACCACCCACGUCAUGUCCUAUUUCAAAGAGGAGAACUUCAGAGGAGAUAAGAGGCUGCCAUCGAGCUUCAUGGAAGGAUUCAUGGAGGGUCGGAAUUAG